AUGUCAUCGUUCUUACCAGUUAACAAUGUCUCUUCGCCAGCGGACCGUGUUAUGGAAGGUUCGGGUGCAACUUCCGCUACGCCCCGCCCUCACCUGAACCACACCUCCGCGACACCGGGCGCCGAGACUUCAACCGAGAUAAAGGACGAGCGAUUCUCACGGAGAACAACUAUCUCAGACGGAUCCCGAGCGAGUACCCAUUCGAUGUCGGAUGAGACUAUACAAGCCGAAUCAGAUGGCGACCGCGAUGGCUCGGACCAUGAUACAGACCACAAAGAACAUGCGCCGCCUUCGAAAAAGAAGAAAGGGCAACGAUUUUAUUGUACCGAAUUUCCGCCGUGCAAUCUGAGCUUCACGCGCAGUGAGCAUUUGGCCCGACAUAUCCGAAAACAUACCGGGGAGCGUCCUUUCCAGUGCCAUUGCUCAAGGCGUUUCUCUAGACUCGACAACUUGCGGCAACAUGCUCAGACCGUGCACGUGAACGAAGAAAUUCCAGGGGAUUCGCUAGCAGCCACCGGCACUCGCUUCCAACGUCAAAUACGGACCGAUCGUGUGCGCCCCCAAGGGCGGGCAAGAGCGGGCACAGGAGGCAGCCAAGGUACUCAUAGCAGGGGACAUAGCAGGAAUCUCUCGACUUCAAGCAUUACGUCAACCGCCUCAACAUUCAGCCAGCCGGCCGAACUGCGUCGGCGCCCGGCCCCGCAGUUGAUGAUGGCCACCGACGGAGGCGCGAGGACGAGAUUGACCCUCGAUCCCAUGGUCGACACUCCCACCACACCCCCCGGACAAGUGCGAGGACUCCCAGGCGCCCCCGGCAGUUCCCCUUAUACACCGUCUCGUAUGUUCCCUGGGAGUAACGCUUCGCCCAUGCCUGCAUCACACCCAUCAAACUUUUGGGAUGGAAAGACUGCAGCUCGUCGCUUAUCCGUUCCCUCGGGCGUCAACCCAUUCGCGCCACACCAUUACCCUGCGCCUUACCCUUCUUCCACGUACGCAGGACCAGAAGUAUAUGCCAGUCCUAUUAAUACCCAUAACCCAUUGUCCAGAGAUGAUGGAGGCUACCACCCAACGGAAGCCGAACUGCGAAGAAGGACAUGGCACCCUUCAACAUGGGCGAAUACUCCUCGCGCAGAAUACGGUAGUAUUGGCAACGCGCAAACUCCCGAAACUUUCCCACCGGCUUCAGGAGGUAACGAAUCGGCGGGCCAGCCACCUCGUCUACCAGGCAUUGAAAGUUUCGAUAAAGUUGUUGCGCAGCGACCUCUGACACCACCAAUCCGGAGACCAAGUCCGAUGCAGGUCGACGCACAGUCCAGACCACUGGGCCCUGGCUAUAAUUUCAGCGGAGGCUUCAACUAUGCACCACCAUCAACUCGACCAGCUCCGCCCAUCUCUGGCCCUGGCCAUCGACGAGGACAUGUGUCGUGGGAUUUAUCGUUGCAUACAAAUUUGACCGGCCUGCAGAUCAGAGAUAAACCGGUUCCUCAGCGGGAUGCAUCUCAUUGGGGUCAACAAACAAUCUCCGAGAUUCAUAACGUCGGAUCACGCCCGUCAUCCUCAUAUCAGCAGCAGCUCCAGGAGUUUCGUGGCCCAAACAGCCACACAUCCUCUACCUACAGCACCGCAACUUCGGGCUCGCUUGCCACACGGACAAGCCCGGAAGACUCAAGCAGCAGUGAGGGGGUAAAUACUCCUUCAACUGCAUCUCUUGAGUACCAUCCUGCAAUUGUGCACAACAAUGGCUAUGUCGAGCCUCACCAUCCUUCAUUUCCUUCUGACUCAUCACAAACAGCUUGUCCUCCGCUACCACCACAGCACGAUGCCUACCAUGCAAAAUCUGACUCGCGGCCCGAUUUCAGCCAUCCUUCCAGAGACCCUGGAAUGGGUAGACUCGAAGCGCUAGUCGCAGUCGCCACGAGCGAAAACAAGAAUUCUGCCAACAUCAUGGUUUAG